CUUUCAUGUGCAUGUAUAAGCUCAUUUUUCUGUCAAUCUAACAUGCCAGUGAUGAUGUCUGACAUUUUCUAUUUUCAGAAUGAUACAGAAAAGACAUAUAGUGUUCUUUCACACCGUAGUUCAGGGUCUUUGGACCAGAAUUGUCGCCCAAGUAUACUAAGACGUAUCACCUGUGGAGGAGCAACAAAUUUUUCCCACUUACUACCAAAUCAACUCAUGCAUGUUUUGGAGAAAUUUAUCCUUAGCUGUGUUGAUUUUUGUAUAAGAAAAAAGGAAUGUGCUGCAGCUUUUGUUUUUUUCAAGACCCGCUAUGCUGCUGUUGUUGUUUCACAGGUUCUUCAAUCUUCAAAUCCCAUGUUAUGGGUCACUGAUUUGGCACCAGAGCCACAUGAUGUUUAUUGGUCAAACCUUUGGAUACCCUAUUGGCAGCUUUGGUUCCGUCGAAUAGCAAUUCUUUUUGCUGCUAUUCUUUUCAUGUUUUUGUUCCUUGUCCCUGUCACCUUCGUACAAGGUUUGUCACAACUGGAACAGUUGCAACARAUGUUUCCAUUUCUCAAAGGAAUUUUAAGAAAGACAUUUGUAAGCCAGCUAGUAACAGGUUACCUUCCAAGUGUUAUCCUGCAAUUAUUUCUUUAUCUUGUUCCACCAACGAUGAUGCUAUUUUCAGCAGUUGAAGGUUCUAUUUCUCGUAGUGGCAGGAAAAGGAGUGCAUGCUGCAAGGUCCUAUACUUCACAAUCUGGAAUGUUUUCUUUGUUAAUCUUUUGUCAGGAUCCAUCAUCAGCCAGCUUAAUGCCAUUUCUAGACCAAAAGAUAUACCUAUGCAACUUGCAAAAGCUGUACCAAGGCAGGCUACUUUCUUUAUUACUUACGUUUUAACAUCAGGUUGGACAAGCUUGUCCUCUGAAAUAAUGCAACUUUAUGCUCUUGUUUCCAAUUGGUUCAAUAAAUUUAUACUUGGAAAGAAGGAGGAUCCAUCAUACAGUGCCCUAUCUUUCCCAUACCACACAGAAGUUCCAAAAGUUCUUCUCUUUGGACUCCUUGGGUUCACCUGUUCUGUUUUGGCACCUUUGAUUCUGCCUUUCUUGCUAGUGUACUUCCUUCUUGGUUAUGUUGUGUACCGUAACCAGAUUGUUAAUGUAUAUGUUUCAAAAUAUGAAACGGGUGGACAAAUUUGGCCAAUUGUACACAAUACGACUAUUUUCUCACUGGUGCUGACACAAAUAAUUGCACUAGGAGUGUUUGGAAUAAAACAUUCACCAAUUGCAUCAGGCUUCACCAUCCCAUUGCUGAUCUGCACUCUCCUUUUCAAUGAGUACUGUAGGAAGCGGUUUGGUCCUAUAUUCAAGAUGUUCUCCGCAGAGGUUCUUAUUGAGAUGGAUAGGCAAGAUGAGAAAUGUGGACGGACGGAAGAGAUUCAUCGACAACUUCUAUCAGCCUAUUGCCAGUUUUCAUUGACCUUGAAUGACUUGUUGUGCAAAGAUGACGACUCAAACCAUUCUGGGGAUGCAAACUGCAUGCACUAUCCAGAAGACAUGAAGCCAGGAGAGGAAUCUACCCAAAUGAGUGAACCAUGGACUGCUAGCAAGGAUUAAAGUAACGAUAUGAUACUCCCAAUAUGGGGUGUAUUGUAUCYGUAUCCAUAGCUACGGAUACGGGAUAUGCCAUGACUGGUUAUAUGCAACGCGCAACGUUGAUCAAUGAAAGGACAAGCUUGAGGAUUGUUUUGAAGCCUCGAACAAAYAGUGCCUGCUUCAAUGCUAGCGGCUGUCUUAGUGCUCAUACAAGAUUUAUUAGUUCUCAUAAGGAAAUGCAACAUAGCAGUAUGUUUAUUCAAUCUCAGAUAAGCUACUGUCGACGGUCAUCCAUACAAUUCGGAGAAACAGGGUAAGAGAWGAAAUUAUCUUGUUCCACGGCUUAAAAUUCGGCUCAGCCUUAAUCCCAAUUAAUUGGGAACAUGAAUCUGAUUCGCCAUUGUGCCCUAUAAUAGCUGCUCAUUAACUUUUCUGUACAAAUGCCUUGUGAUUAUUAUUUGACAUUUCUUUGUAUUUGGCCUGUGACCACCUUUUGGGAUUAGGUGGAGCCUACUGGCACUUUUGCUUAUGCUCACCGUAUAUUUCCCUAGGAUAUUUGAUUUCAAUGUCAGACUAUGAAUUAAAUUCAUAAUUAUAUUCUGAUCCAUGAUGUAACUGGGUUUUUGGUUUCA